AUGAAGGUCAUCAGCAAUAAAAAUGCUAAGAUUUUUGGUGACUCGUGUGGCAAACAUGGGACGUACACUUUUUAUCCUGGUCUCCAGUUCACUGCCCACAAUCAAACACAUUACUUAACUCUCGGGAAAUUUUUCUACGCCCUUCUUAACUUUCCGAGUCCUUGUGGAGCAGCACCGAAAUCUUUGAAGGCGGUUGGAGAGUUGCAGUUGGUGUGGCAUGACAAAAACCAUCAAGAUGGCGAUCUCUGCAGCGUCAAAUUUUACAUCAAACCGGAAGACUGUCCAGACGGGAGGCAGCCUCAUCAUGGACAGAUUGCUGGUGAAUUCGGUGAUCUCCAUUUAAAGCCUUUAGAUAUUUUAUUUAACAUUUGA